AUGGACAGUGCGGACAAGGGUCCCAGGGCCACGUGCGAGAGGAGGGGCCGCCUUCUGGUUGGCGCCCCGAGGGGCUCCGUCCCUCCAAUCCGUUUAGGCCCCGCCGUGGAGGAAGGGGCGCGUCCAGGAGGAGGGGGCGGGGCCAACGACCUGUCCAUCACCGAGUCCGCGGGUGGUGGCACCUACCACACCGCUGUACCUUGGCGAGGCGGGGCCGGGGCGGGAAGGUCGCGGCCGGGGGAGGCGGGGCCGGGCCGGCGGAAGCCAAUCCGCCGGGCGGCGCGAGGGGGCGGGGGUGGGGCCACCGCCUGCGACCCAAACACCCUAGUCCGGGUGCACUUUGGAGCCGCGCUGCUCCUCGGCCUUCCGGUGCGAGGGCCGGGGAACCUCCUCCCCUACUGUGCACCCCCACCUUCGUGGCCCAGAACCUCCCCCCCGCCCCUCCUUCGCAGGGGGGAGUGGGGCGACGGUUGCCGGGAAGCGCGCGCCGCCCCUCCCUCCCCUCCUCCAUCCUCUCCUCACGCGCCACCCGUUUUUCCUCUUUCUCCGUUAAUAAUAGCUGGGUGGCUGGGGGAGGAGGGAAGGUGGCCCCGGCGGAGUCUGGGCGGGCGCCUCCCACUCACCCGCGAGCCGCCGUGUGAGCGGGAGGAUGGCGGCGGUAGCUGCGGCCGCCCGGGAGGAGGCGGUACCGAGGCCCGGGGCGCAGAGAGCGGCGACGACGGCAGAGAGCGGCAGCGACCCGUCGCGGCGCACCAGAAUCGAAACCAGCGGCUAGCCGCACAGCCACCUGAGCCGCCCCUCCCGCCGGAGCUAGCGAGUGGCGUCCGCCGCAGCCCGACCUCCUUCCUCUCCUCUCCUCGUUUCCCGCGACUUCCCACAGGCCGCCGGUCUCGCCCGCCGCCCCCGAACACAAGAGCGCGCCGGGCGCCAACCGCCCUUCGGGGCGCGGGGCGGCGGCCCUGGACGUGCGGGCGUCUCCUUGCGCCGGCCGCGGCGCCUCGGCCCUGCCCGCUCGCUCCUGCGCUCGCUCCCGCCCUCCCGGCGCUCGGGGCGCCGCGCGCGGGCCCGGCCCGGGGCAGGGCGGCCAUGGGCGCCAAGCAGAGCGGCCCGGCCGCUGCUAACGGCCGCACCCGUGCCUACUCGGGUUCGGAUCUACCUUCCAGCAGCAGCGGAGGGACCAAUGGGACCGCGGGCGGCGGCAGCGGCACGGGCUCGCGGGCCGCGGCCGCGGGGAGGUUUCCGGCUCAGGUGCCCGGCGCGCACCAGCCCAGCGCCUCCGGCGGCGGCGCCGCGUCGGCCUCGGCGGCCCCGCGCAGUCGCUCCCUCGGCGGGGCCGUGGGGAGCGUGGCGUCGGCGGCCCGCGCGGCGCAGUCCUCCUUCAGCAUCCCCAACAGCAGCAGCGGCCCGUACGGCUCGCAGGACUCGGUGCACAGCAGCCCCGAGGACGGCGGCGGCAGCAGAGACCGGCCGGCGGGCGGGGGCUCCGGCGGGCCGCGCCUGGUGAUCGGCUCCUUACCAGCUCACCUCUCGCCGCACAUGUUUGGAGGAUUUAAGUGCCCCGUAUGCUCAAAAUUUGUACCUUCAGAUGAAAUGGAUUUGCAUCUUGUGAUGUGUUUAACAAAGCCAAGAAUAACCUAUAAUGAGGAUGUACUGAGUAAAGAUGCUGGGGAAUGUGCAAUAUGCCUUGAAGAAUUGCAGCAGGGCGAUACUAUAGCACGACUGCCUUGUCUAUGCAUAUAUCAUAAAGGCUGCAUAGAUGAAUGGUUUGAAGUAAAUAGAUCUUGCCCUGAGCACCCUUCAGAUUAAGCAUCCGCUUCCUGUUUUAUAGGUUUUAUUGUCUUUCCAAGAUGCUUGAAAAACUGAGAGGAUAUGAGGAUCUGUCUCUGGAAAAAGAAAAACAAAACUGCAGGCAUAUUCAGCCAGAAAUCUGAGUUCUGUGAGCCUUGGUAAUGCAGAGAUGGACAAUCAUACAGGGGGUAACCCUGCUGAAGAGAGGACAGUCGCCACAGAACUCAGUGUACCAAACAUGCGUACAAAGGACACACAGGGACUUUGAAAAUGCUGCACAUCCCUUAAUAGUCAUCUACAUAGGUAACACUGAUAAAUAUUUUGUAUUCAGACGCCAAAGUUAACUGAUUUAGAAGUUGAUUUUAUUAAGUUCUGUAGAGCCACGCAACCAGUUGUGUUUUGACUUGUUUUUUAGUUGGGGGUCACUUUAUUUUCCCCAACACGAUGUUUCUGCAUUCAUCUAAAACUGAAGACCACAUAAUGUACUUCUUAUAAAUUAAAGUCUUAAAUGUGAAACCAAGAAAUGUAAUCAAGCAGUAAAACAUUGUCUGAAUGUAGACCAUGAUCUCAAGUUCUUCUAUUUUUUUCCCCCCAAGAGUGGAAAAUAGACUUAUACAUAGGAGAGCUAAAGUAUGUUAAUAUUUGAAAUGAAAGGUGUAACAGUACCAGAAAGCAGUCCAAAGAGUAAAUCAAGUUACAUAAUUACAUUUUAAUGAACUAAAUCGAAUUGCGAUUUAUUAAAUGUAUUAUUUCCUCUUAAGUAAAACUGCUCAAUAAUCAGUAAUGAAUCAUCUUGCAGCUAUGCAACUUUUAAAAAAAAAAAAAUACAAAUUACGAAUUUUAAGUGCUGCCAGCUAUAAUAACUUUGUUUUAACGGGUAUUUUUAUUUGUUCUUUUCAUGUAAUUAUUUUAUUGUGCUUUGCAUCUCCAGAAAGUUUUCCCACAUUUGGGUAGAAUGUUUAGCAGGUUGUAAACUUAGUAACUUAUGAAAAGGGUAAAAUAAAAUUUUCUUGCAUGGAACUUGGAAUAAUUUGAGGGACAUUUUAUAUACUUCUAAAAAUCAAUUUAAUCGGGAUGCCAGAUUUAUAGCAAUUUGCAUCUUUAAUUUUCCAGAUAAUCUGGAGGUUAGUGUUUGAAAAAUGAUUUUUUAAAGCAAAUAUGAAGAUUUUGUUAAUUUAUAAUUUAUUAAUGUGUUAUUACUGUAAUUGAAAAUGUUAUAGAGACUUUUAAAUUCAGUCUUGUGUAGAAGGAAAUGUAUUAAGCAAAAUUAUGUGAAUAAAUAUUCCCACAAAAUACAUUUGAAUGGUUAAAAAAUACUGGAAGAGAGCAAUCAGGGCUACAAUAGUGAAUGUCUUUUUUUUUUAAUAUAAAAAGAUACCAAUAAGUAGAUUUCAUAUUUUCAUCAUACAGGGAAAAUGUUAUCAGUGAACAUUUAAGCAGUGCACUUUACUUGGUAUAAUUGAAAGUUGCACAGUACUGUUUCCUUAUUUUAAACUGUAUUUAAAUAUUUGCUUUUCUAUUUAAUGCUGCUACUCUUAUUCUCAAAUUUUUCCCCUAUUUCGGCUUCUGUUUCAUAUUUUUUGAAAGGGCAUGUACAGGAGCAACUGCUGCUACCCAGAAAAAUUGGUGUUUUAGAAGCAAUUCAAAGAAUUUUUCAUUGCUUUUUGUGUGA